CCACCAGAGGUUAUUGCCUUGCAUGGAGAUGUGAGCUGAUCAUUAACAACUCCCAUUUCCCAAAUGCAGAGACUUCAAGAUCCUCCCCGGAUGUGGGUCCCUGCCAGGGCCAAUGUCGUUCACAGUCCUCUCUCUCCCUUUCUCUGAACUGUGUACAGUUUCAGGAAAUUGGGCUACGCUCUAAACGAAGUUUCACUUUCACAUUUGAAGCAGAGGAGGACAGAGCCAGUCGCUAAUUGGGGGAAUAACUGCAGUCAUGGGAUACUGACACUGCAUUUGAGGGUGCAAUUAUCACACGAGUUUGGAGAAGAACAGCGUGCGGUUAUGAACAAGGACGUAAGGGCCAAAAACCAAGAUGCCGAGAAUCCCGAUGAUGGUUGGCCGCCACUUUCCCCGAACCAGGUGCCACACUGUUCUGACAGCAGUCGUCCAGCUGGUGAUGGGCAUCAUUUUCCAAACGCCGCGUCAAGCUUCGGGGAGGUGCAAACUCCCCACCCAGCAGCUACCCACGUUUUUUGUGUCCAGGAAGAUGCCCUGGAAAUGGGACAAGUGAUACCUUUUGUGGUCCGAGGGGCAGUGGAUUUCUGGAGUCAUCAUCAUGUGAAAAUGCCCUUUUCAAACUACAGCAUGCAAACCAAGCCCAGGGCAGGAAUGUAUCAUUCAGAGAUUAAACGCUGGAACGUAAUCAAAGGAGUUCUUGGCAAGGCCAAGUUUGAAACCUCGAAGGAUUUGGAGAACGCUAUUAAAGAGUACAAUCAAAAAUAUGCCCAUCUCUGGAAUUUCUCAGGACUCCAUGAAUUCUUCAAGCAGACACAAGGUGAUAACCGAAAGCACUUACUGAGUUGCGUGCUCCCAGGCAUGGCAAAACUGGCCCUCAGGUUACCAGAGCUUUGCUCCAAGCCCAUCCCGCUCCUGAGGCAAGGACGUCCCCAGGCUGUCAGCAUGUCCCAGGAGCAAAUCUCCUGCCUCUUGGCAAAUGCUUUCUUCUGCACCUUUCCACAUCGCAACAGCACGCACCCCAACUCGGAGUACAGCACAUUCCCGGACAUCAACUUCAGCAGGCUGUUUGGAAACUCUUCGCCGAAGUUGUCUGAAAAGCUGAAGACACUUUUCUGCUACUUCGGUCAGGUCCUAGAAAGCGCAGUUCCCAUCGGACUGGUGACUUUUCAAAGAUGUUGCGUUCCAGAAUCCAUCCAAUGGAAGAGGUCCCAACACAAGCUGACGAAUCUGACAGUCAAAACCGAUGGAAGGAUCGAGGAGGAGGGACAAGGCAUGCUGCAGGUGGAUUUCGCGUCCCCGUUGGUGGGAGGAGGGGUACUGAGCUCCGGACUGGUCCAGGAAGAGAUCCGGUUCCUCAUCAGCCCGGAACUGAUCGUGGCCAGGCUCUUCACCGAGAGGCUGGACAAAAGGGAGUGUCUCGUUGUUACUGGCGCGCAACUCUACAGCAAAUACAAUGGCUACAGCGACUCAUUCAAAUGGGUGGGAGCCCACAACGACGAAACCCCAAGAGAUUUGUUUCUGAGACGUCAAACAGAGAUAGUGGCCAUCGAUGCCAUUCACUUCAGAGAUCCCAUGGAGCAGUACAAACUUCACAGUUUGGACAGGGAGCUGCACAAGGCCUACUGUGGAUUUUCCAAUGCACAUCGAGUGGUACCAGCCUGGACGAAUACUCCCAUCGCCACAGGCAACUGGGGCUGUGGAGCUUUCAGAGGUGACGCAAAGCUUAAAGCUCUCGUUCAGAUCAUGGCUGCUGCCCAGGCAGGCAGGGAUGUGACGUACUUCACUUUUGGGGACGUGGGCUUGACAGACAGCCUCCGGGAAAUGCAUACUUUUCUGCAAAGCAUGGAUUUCACAGUGGGACAACUUUACUGUGUUUUGGAGAGGUAUGCGAGGAAAGGAAUGGGAAAUACCAGAGAGCUGUAUGAAUUUAUUCGCAAGGACUGUUUGAAGGGUCGCAUCUGAUUCCUGGAACUGCAGAGGAGACACCAGAAACUGAAUGUGUCAACUGGACAGAGACUCGUUUGUAGGCCUCAGUCCUCAAAUUGAUAAAGGCUUAUAAACACAAAAUCAGCGGUUGCAAUCUCAUUGAGGAAUCAGUAAUCGUCCUUAAAUGUGCCUUAAAAAAGGUUCAGGUAGAGUCAUGAAGAUAUCAGAUCUUGUGGGAUCCUCAGCAUUUCUCUGUACAGUUUUCCUCACUCUUGUUGGAAUCCUGUUGUACCAUGAUGAUACAACUAAGCUACAAAUUGUACACAAGGUGAAUUUUACUGAACCUUUUCUGUUUCAAAUUGCACACUAAAGGCAGAUUAUUUAAAUCAAAUGUUAAAAGAACUCUUUCUGUGACUGCCAAAUUGGCUGUUCAACCACAAGGGCUUCGCGCUCUGGAUCGCCCGUGUGCACAAUUUGACUGGAUUGGGAGUCUGGGCUGAUUUGGUUUCUGCUAGUGAAUGGGACAUCUAUCUAUCCUUCCUCCCAUCAACUACCCCUACUCGAGUCCUUGCCUCCAUUCUCACUUGGGGGAAGAGGAUAGAGUCUGUGCCUCCAAGGGGCACGUCAGACUGAGGACCAGACUGUAAUGAUCACAGUCUACAACUCAAACAUCAAAUCCAGAGGGUGGGCUUUGAGUGUUGGUGCACUUAUCCAGCCAAGCAGCAAGUACUGCAAACACCCACAGGACCAUUCGCUUUGGGCAGAGAUAAUCCAGAAGGAAUAUAUACAGCAGAAGACCGCGAUGUGAACAUGGUUCCUCGUGCCUCAGAGGUAGGACACUUUAACCCACUGAGCCACAUUUCCAGACUUGCCACAUCUGGGCAAAUGCCAACCAACACUUGGAAAUCAAACAUCAUGCAGCAAUCCAUUUCAAAAUUAUUACAGGUGCAGGAUGUGGCCAUUUGGCUUGUUGUGUCUGUAACCAGGUUCUAUCCCACUUCUCUUGCCUGGUCCUCACUUCCCAGCACACAAUUUCUAUCCGAAUACACACCCAAUACCUCUCAAAUGCCUCAAUUGAACCUGUCUCCUCCACGUUUACAGGCCGUACCUUCCACAGACAGACUACAUGCACUAUGGAAAAGAUUUUUCCUCAUCACCCUUGCUUUGUUUCCAUCUGACUUUGAAGCUAUUUCCACCACCACCCCCUCACCUCGUUUCUUUUACAAACAGCAACAGCUUCUUCCCUACCUACUCUGUCUUACUACCUCCUCUGAUUUUGUAAACUCGUAUCAGAUUUCACUCAGUUGCUAUCUCUCCGAGGAGAAAAGUCACAACAUCUUCAAUGUAUCCUCAUGGCUGAAGUUUCUCAUCCCCAGACCUGUUCUUGUAAAUGAUUUCUGCACUCCCCCUCUCUCUUUUCAGUGUGUUCACAUCUUCCUAUAAUGUGGGACCCUCAACUGCACACAAUACAUCCAGCCGGGGUCAACCAAGUGUCUCGUAACAGAUCAACAUCACCAAUUCUCACGAGUAUAUGCUAAUCCAGUCCCAAUACAAAAAUGAGCAUUAAAACAGGAUGAACAGAGACAGUCACAUCCUCUGCUUAAAGAAAUGUUUUAUAUUCCCCAUUGAUAAGGAACAGGACCAGCCCCACAUAAACACAGUGGCUACAGGAGCAAGUCAGAGGCUGGGAAUCCUGCACUUCUAGAACCAAAAUCCAAUUCCACCUCUACCAUUCAAGACGACUGAUCACUUCCAACUGCUGCUGUCGUACCUUGACUCAAUUCACUUUUGCCACAUGCUGUACAACCCUGGCCCAUUCCACUCUGACCCUCUUGUUCUGGUCUGUGAUACCUGUGCUUUCUCCUGCUUUCUGUUCUUGGCUGCUGAACUCCCCCUGCCUGCCCACCCCCCCAACAAACCAGUCCUCUUGAGCAUGGUCUGAUCCAUUGGCCACCCACCCCCAUGAACAUUGAUUUCUUCCACUCUUGCCUGCUGUGCAGUUCUGGAACCUGGCACAUUCUGCUCUCCUCCUGCCCCACCAACCCCACAAAGCUCUGGAACCUUAGGCCAGCCCGCUUUCUUCAAGGUGCAGGUGAGAAGCCACCUCCACAGGGAGUUGUGAUGUGCGUUCAAAAGAAAAGCCAAAGGUUGCACGAGGAAAAUGUCUCUUUAUUGAUGAAGCUAUACUCAGUUGAAAAGUUUUUUUUUUAUUUGUACCAAAAUAAAUAAACUCAGCUCUUCCUACUGCGCAACUGCAAGAAGUGGUCGUUGAGAGAAGGUUCUUCCACGCACAGGUGAGGGAUACAGUGUAGUCUUUGAUUUUGGCACACGCUGAAAGUGCAAUGCCUUCUCCCAAAUUGCUUCAAAAUCUUGGGCAGAACCCAUGGUAGCAGAGGAGGGGGGUGGGGAGGAGAAAGAGAGUGGGGAGUGUUCAGUGGGGUGGUGGGGGGAGCUAAAAUCAGGACAUGAUCCAGCCAUUGACCGGGAGUUCAGCCCAUGGCCAGUUCAGAAAUAGAAAAAUUCCUUAUUCACAAAAUGUACAAACCACACCUUUGUUACUUCAACUGCUCAGUUCAACUAAACAAUACAUUUGAAAAGGAGAGUGGGGUGAAACGUAAAGCACGUCAGUGGGCUGUUUGUACGCGGCUUUUCUCCCCCGCUUCAUAAUUCCUGUAUUGAAUCGAGUUUUUGUUUUUUUUCCCCUAUCUGAAAUAAAUGCUGCAGAUGCAAGCCUCUCACCAAGUUGUGGGAAUUAGAUCUCAGUAGCAUGCACGACAUAGUCCCUAAGAGUGAGGACGGAAGAUGGAGGUUUAAGGUGUCGAAGCGAGUCAAAAGUCUGGGUCCUAGUUGUUGAGGUUGCUAAAGGCUUCCAGGUUGAAGCUGGUCUCCAGAAAUCUCUUCAGUUCGUGCAGGUGGGUGUUCUUGUUGCCCGUUGCUGGGGCAGAGGCCGGCUCACGCCCGACAUACCUGCAGAGACACAAAACAAACAUCCCUGUCAGCAGACAUGGGUCUCAAGCCAACUAGACUCUCACAGCCUCAGUGGCAGUACCCUCCAUCAGGGCAAGGGUAUUUAAAUCUGCAUCUACCACCCCUAACCCUCUUGUGGAUGCAUAAGAUCCCAUUUGGGAGAGGACCUGGUGGAAUUCUUACCCUGUUGCCUAACUGCCAAUCAACUGUGCAAAUUACAGACCAUCACAUCGCUGUCAGUAGAAUCUUGCUGUGCACAUGUUGCUGGGAGUCUGGCAUCUCAACAGUGACUGCACUUGGAUAAAGAGGGUGAUCAUUUGGAUCAAUACAAACAUGCUCGGGCAUGGGGGGAUAGAAAGCAGGUGAAUGGUACUUAGGAAUGUAGAGCUGGUGCAGCUAUGUUGGACCAAGUGUUCUCCUAAACUACAAUAAUUCUGUGUAAUUCACGUGACUGUAAGAUGAAGUGCUACAUCAAAGCAAAUCUCAUUUUUGUUUCGAAUCCACAUUCCCCUCCAGUUAGAUUGAGUUACUUUCCAAUUUAACCUCAUCUGCACUGCUGUGGCCCACACACCCCCUCCUCACUGGGCUCAGGCUGACGGCACCAAAAUGACAUGGCUAAGCUGUGGUUAAAUUCACACCCUGGAUUGUUAGAGUGGCCAAUGGGGAAAUGCAACAUCAUUAUGCAGUGGGCUGUAAAGAUGCUUCACCCUCGCUGUAACAGCCCUUGCCAUUAUUCUUAUACAGAUAGCCUUUUUCGAACUGAGCUCCUCUGCCAAUUGAUAAUUCUCACAAACAGCAAUGGGUAGUCAAUUCGACCGUGUACAGUUUUAGCGUCCAAUAUGUAAAAAGCUGAAGUGCACUUGCUUCAGAAGCAGUACAGGAGGUGCACUAGAUCGGACCCUGGGAUGAGGCGUCCUGAUUGGAGACUGAGUAAACUGGAUCAAUAUUCUCUGACUUUUAGAAGACAGGGAGGUGGUCUCAUCAAAACAUAGGGUUUUUUUUUUAUUAGUAUGGACACAGACUGUUUCCAACCCCAGCUCCCCACCCCACCACUGGAGACUCUAGAACACAGGGGCAGCAGUGUCUCAGGAUAAGGGUCGCUGAUACUGAGAUGGGGAGAAAACCCUCCACUCAAGGGGGUGGCAUAUCCUCUACCCCGAAGGGCUGUUGGGCAGAUUUCAGGCCGGGAUGGAGUUCUGGUCUCUUGGGGGAAGUGGAGAGAGAGAGCUGCUGAGGAGGUGGAGAAGAGUGAUCACGUUACAGGGGCUAGUGAUCAGGCCCAAGACAGGGGGACCUGGAGACAUUUAAAGCAUUUGGAAAGGGGAGAUUAUUUUUCACUUCGGUGUCCCCAUCACUGGCUGAGGUGACAUGAAGGACUCUCCUUCUCGGCCUCUCCCAUCGCCUGAGGCAUUAUGACCCCUCAGGUUAAACCAUCACUAAUCAUCUGUCUCCAGCGAGAAGGCAACCUCUGGGUCUAAGGAGGCCACUUUACCUUGAACGAUAAUUUGGAUGUCAGGGGGCAGCAGAGGUCAAUGUUUGCUCAAACCUGUUUGAUGAUUAUGAAAGUGUAAACAUCUCAGCUUCGGUUCCGAGGAGGAACAGUAUAUAUCACCUCAGGUCAGACACCCCCAGGGAUGGGGUGACCAGCAGCAGUGGGUAGUCUGCGACUGGCCUUUACUCACCAGACCGGGCGCUCACGGCGAGUGGUAGCACGGAUGCGCGGCUUCACAUAUUCGUAGUAGCCCUGGUUCUUGUGCUCCUCCUGGCACCAGACCAACUCAGCAUUAGAGUACUUCUUGGCCUCUUCCUCCACGACAUCAAAUGGGAAGGGAGAGAGCUGCAGAGGAAGACAGCGUGGGUGGAGUGUGAGCGCCUUCCAGGUUGUGUGGGGACCUAUGCCUGACACCGCUCAGUGUCCAUCAACCCAGAGACAGAGGAGCUUGCUUCCAACACCAAUUUAAUUUGGGAAGCAGUUGCAUCGAGGUAAGACCACCCAGAGACUGAUGCUGAUACGUUGAGGGGUGCGGGUUCAAACCCCACAGCAUAGCAUUUUGAUUUGAUCCAUAAAAGCCACAGUCAGUCAUGGGGACCACGACAAAGUGGUUCCCUCAUGUCCUUCAGGACCUGCUGUCCUCACUAGGUCACAGCACUCCAAACUCACAGCAAAAAAAAAGUUGACUCUCAACUCCCCUCUGGAGUUGGCCCGAGCAAGAAACUCAGUUCAAAGGCAAUUAGGAAUGGGCAAUUGAAUGCUGGCCUUGCCCAGCAUUACCCAUGGAAGAGGAGGUAAGUUAUGAACAAAAACAAAAGACAGGCUAGAAAUGAAGGCAUUUCAUUCGAGACUGAUGGCAAACCCAUUUCAGCAUACUCCUUGGAGCGCUGAAUUGUCAGUUGGAAGGUGGGUUCUGGGGAAUAUUGAGAGCUCAGUGUCUGUGAGGGCACCCUCGCUGGACUACACAGUGCAGCCCCCGCAUGUAUCUCUAUCCCGUGUGGACAGUGACCGCAGGGGGCUCUAACACAGGCCAACAAUGCUACUCCAACCUCACCCCGGAACUCGCCUUCACGCUUCUCGUCACCUUUCCAGGACUGGUCACUGAAAAACCCACUGGCCAUUCUGCCUUUCCCUAAUCCACCGGGAACACAAACUGCAAUUGGUGAGGGAUAUACGCGGAGGGACGAGAGAGAGGGAUGUUAAAAACCUUGCUCCCACUUUCUCCUGCUCUGCGGCAAGGUCUGCACAACUUACCUGCUCUAAUCUGGUGAUGGCAACCUCAGCUUCCAGGUUCUUGUUCUUGCGUUCUUUCGCCAACUCGUAAUAUACUUUACCAGUACAAAACAGCAGUCUUUUAACUUCCUUUGGUUUCUCAGCAGCAGGCCCAUCCUCCACAAUUCCACGCAGGAAUUCUGUACCUAGUGGAAAACAAGAGAGACGGACAGGGUGCACCUGUGUGUAUAUGCUCCCACAAGUAGAUCCAUUUUCCAUACCCAACAUCUUUGCAACUCACAACCGACUAACUGCCCCAACAGAUGCUGUUCGGUCAUUCAAUACCAUCCUGUCCGGUCAGACUGCGGGGGCCUCCUCUUCCCAGUCUGCCAACGUUGAACCCCAAUUCCCUUAAACAGCAACAUGUCUUGCUUAGCCGCGAAUAUAUUCCAUCACUGCUCUCUGGGCAACAGAGAAAGUAUUUCCUCCUCAUGGAUGUCCCUAAUACUUAAAUUGAUCUCUCCCUAAUUCUCAUUUCGUCCACAAGAGGGUGAACCUCCUCUCAGCACCUAUCCUGUCAAGACAUCUCAGAGUGUUGUGUGUUUCACUACAAACAUCUCCCAUUGAUGCUAGCUAGUCUUUACCUAUGAAACCAUGUUACUUUUAGUCAAUCAGCCAUGUUUAUGUAUUCAACAAAUUAUGGUGAAUUGAUUGUCGGUGCCACUAUCGUCACACUCGGGAUCGUUCAAUAGGUGCUGUCCAAGGCAAUUCCCAGCUAACAGUGGUCAUUUUGCUCAGGGCUUUGCAAUCGAGGUGACGGCCUUGUGGUAUUCUUGUUCGCUCAGAUCCAGGUUAACGUUCUGGGCACCAGGGUUUAAAUCCUACCAUAGCAGAUGGUGGAGUCUGAACUCAGCAAGUAUCUAGAAUUAAGGAGUCUAAUGGUGACCACAAAACUGUCGUUGAUUGUCAGGAAAAACUUAUCUGGUUCAUUAAUGUGAUUCCAGAUCCACAGCAAUGUGGUUGAUCCUUACCUACCCUCUGGACAAUUAGGGACGGGCAGUAAAUAUUGGCCCGGUCAGUGACGCCCACAUCCCUCAAAUGAUUUAAAAAGGCGGAGGAGUACAGUGUGUAAUGGGCCUACGAAAAAAUAACUGAAGAACACACUGUUUGAUUUGAUUGGAUUAUCAGCAGGAUGUACCCACCACGCAGCGACGCUGAAAUUCACAGGAGUUUGCUGUUUCAGUCAGGCAGCAUACUUCUUACAGUCAGAAGCAUCCUGGAAAAAUAUCACUCAUAUAGCCAAUAGAAGGUGCAAAACCCAUGCACAAGAGCCUGCUCUCCACAAACAAGAGGGACAUGUAUAUGCCUUACACACUGAAUUAUUUGGGAACCUAUACCUUCCCAUUGCCCUCUCAAAGGCACUGCUCCAACUGAUCAGAUCUGACACUCCAACCAAUUAACAUAUUUUCCUUCUCUCCUUUCACCAGUGGUGACCACUCGAAAUUUGGCACUCUAGCAUGUGUCCCGAGUAUGGAUGGAAAUGCUUCAGAAAUUUUAGCACAACAGUGGGGUGGCAGUUUCUCAUGAAUAUCGUUGACACGAUUUAACUGCUCUUAAACGGAAGCCAUGACAAUGGAAGCACUGGGCCGCCAACUACAACAUUUGUCAUUACUUUAUGGGCACAGGGUGCAGUGGAGAGAUUCCUGUUGAAGGCAUGCCAACCUACCUGGCAGCAUCAUAUCAAAGCUGGAUUUUGCAUCAGGAUGACGCAGCAAUGAUUUGGGGGUGAAGAUAAUGAGCUGAAAUAGAAAACAGCAAAGUAAGUGGAUUAGUUCUCUGUUCGUAGAGGUGGCAAACAGAACUUAUAUUACAAGGUGCAAAGGUGAGACAUAUCAGUCAUUUUAGGGCUUGGAUUCUGAUAGAGUGGCACAUGGUUUUGAUAUGAGUACAUAAAAAAGGUUUAAUGAUUAAAUUAUCAGUGUUUUCGUAGCUGCGAUUCUUUUCCUAAAGCCUGUAUGAGAAAGAGAAAAAAGGCCUUUGUCAGCUGUAAUGUUUGCAUUGUGAUUGUUUUAUGAGCGGACAGUGUAAAAAUGGAAGUGCAUUAGGCUGUUUUCAGUUCAAGGAUCAGGACUUGAUAACUUUUAUCUGGGGGAAAACCAAGAGCUUGAAAAGCUUUUGCGUUUCAGUUCAGAGGUUGUGGGAGAAUUUGGAUGUGAGAUAGUUUCAAACUGUUUAGAAACAGGUUACCUCAAGAGAAAGCGUUUCAUUGACAGUUCCAGACCAGGAGUAUUCAGUUAGGACUCUGAGGGGAUUCUUUGAAGCUGAGAAAGUCUAAGAUCAGUGUUGUGAAUAUUCAAAGAGACAGCUAUUAUGAUCUUAAGACUGGAAUUGAAAGUAACAAUUUAAUCAAAUCAAUAGAGAAAUAAUUCUGUCUAGUGUUUGAGUAUGAUGAAGGGAUGCACAUGGGAUUUACUGUGUCUGUUGCAAAAUCUUUCAAGCUGCAUUCAUGCAAAUAAUUUGGCUUAUUCUAUUUUACCUUCAUUUCUUUUGCGUAAUAAACCUCCUUUGUUGUUAAAACCAAA